AUGUCUGCCUCAACGACUCCCUCGAACGAUGUUCUCACGACCUCAAAACCUCCUGCCCUAGACGCCCAGUCUCUGCCUUCUGCACAAUCCCAAGACCUGAAGGUCGAGCCUGUCACACCGCUUGAAUAUCUGCAGACGGCGCAUCUCAAUGCCGAAGAGUGGAAAGGCCCGUUGGAUCUGCAGCAAUACCUUGAACGUGAAGAGAUUUUACAGCAGACCAAUCUGACCAAGGACGGCCGAAUCACAGGAUGGAUUCUCACUUCUGACGCAUUUCCUCUCAACCCAGACGGAACUAGACAAAUCUUCGCCUCUUGCGAGACCAUCCAAACCUGUGCGUACGUCGCCCAGCAGGGGAAGCUUGAUAACGUUCAGGCUCACGGCAUCGCCUCCGUAUUCACAAGGUCUGAGUACCGUGGCAAAGGGUAUGCAGGUCGCAUGAUGCGGGAGUUGGGCAAAAGAUUGGAAAGCUGGCAGAAACUCCAAGAUCUUCCGAAUGCGUUUUCAGUCCUUUAUUCGGAUAUAGGUCCCAACUUCUAUGCAAGACAUGGCUGGAAAGUCUUUCCUUCUACUCACAUUUACCUAGCGCCUUUGCAACAGAAUGACUAUGAAAGGGCACAGGGUCAGCUUCCUUCUAUUGAGGCGUUAACCAUGUCAGACUUGCAGCAUAUUCCAACCGUCAAAUAUGUCGAACAACGCUUGCAGGAGCAGUCCACAAUACAGCCAAACAAAACUUAUGUGGCAAUACGUCCUGAUCUGGAGCAUUUUGGCUGGCAUACCGCCCGAGAUGAAUUUCAGUGCCAACUUCUUGGAAAAGGCCAUCCCACAAUCAAAGGCGCUAUUCAUCGAGAGACUGGGCUAGCCUUGAUAUGGUGCCGUGUAUUUGCAACCAGAGAACAUGAUUGGCAGUUACAUAUUCUGCACACCGUGAUUCCACCAGAGACUCAGAACUCAGGGGAUGCUCAGGGGGCAAUAGCAGCUCUUCUUUUGCGCGCGCAGCUAGAAGCGUCUCAAUGGGACAUGGCUGCCGGUGUCGAAGUCUGGGACCCAACAGAGCUGACGCUCGCAGCCGCUCAGAAGCUGAAGUCUGCAGAGCAAGGCAAGGUGGAAGUCAUUACUCGAGACAAGGAGCACUUAUGCAGCCUUCGCUGGAAUAGCCAUGACAACGAGGAUGUCGUCUGGCUGGCCGAUGAGAAAUAUGCUUGGUGUUGA